AUGAAGAGCGCAUUUGUUGUUCUUGGCGCCAUCGCCGGCUCCGUGGUCGCCCAGGGCGUCACUGACAAGAUCUCCCCUGACGGUCUCGCCCCCGAGGGCUGCUCGGCCACCUACGACGGAACCUUUGAGAUUUCCAUCGCCCAGGUCGUUGGUGCUGCCAAGCGCGGUCUGCCCCAGAAGCGUGCUGCCUGCAGCGGUGACGGUAUCCUCGUCUCUACCCUGAGCGACGGUGUCAUCUCCGAUGCCAAGGACCGCAUCGGCUACAUCGCCUCCAACUACCAGUUCCAGUUCGAUGGCCCGCCUCAGGCUGGUGCCAUCUACACUGCUGGUUUCACCGUUUGCGGCAACGGCUCCAUUGCCCUGGGCUCCUCUACCACCUUCUGGAUGUGCAAGUCUGGCGACUUCUACAACCUGUACGACCGUAGCUGGGCUGCUCAGUGCUCCCCCGCCGAGCUGGUUGUCCUCCCCUGCGGUGGCGAUGCUGCCGCCAGCCAGGCCACCGACGGACAGGUUGUCGGAACCAAGAUUGUCACCACCACUGUCGUCAAGCCCCUGAGCGACGGCCAGCCCCAGGUCAUCACCACUGAGGUCCCUGUUCCUAUCUGCCAGAUUGGCGAUGGCCAAGUCCAGGUUAUCACCACCCCCUGCGCAUCCAUCACUGCUGUUGCCACCAGCAACCCCGCUCCUGUCUCUCAGUACUCCGACGGCCAGAUCCAGGUCACUCCCCCUGGCUCUGUCAUCGUUUCGGGCACCGCUUCGGUACCCGUUGUCGUCACCACCCCCGCCUCUGUCCCCAGCGGCACUGCCACCGUGGUCCUGCCCACCGAGUCUGCUCCCUCGAGCAUCCUCACCACCGUCGCGACUGUCUCCAGCUCCAGCCCGGCUGCGACCACCUCAGUGGUCCCGGCCAACGGCGCUGGCCGUGUCGAGAUGGGCUCCAUCGCCGCCCUGGCCGUUGGUCUUGUUGGCGCUGUUGCCUUCCUAUAA